CUAAGUAACCUGAAACAAAUCACAGUUGUGGACGUGUCAGCAAACAAGUUCCAUUCUAUUCCAAUUUGUGUACUCCGGAUGUCUAAUUUACAGUGGUUGGAUAUUAGCAGCAACAACCUGAAAGAUCUCCCAGAAGACAUAGACAGGUUAGAUCAACUGGAGACACUUCUCCUACAGAAAAACAAGUUGACUUAUCUUCCACGAGCUCUGGUCAAUAUGCCAAAGCUCACUUUGUUAGUUGUCAGUGGUGAUGACCUGGUUGAGAUACCCACAGCUGUCUGUGAGUCAACCACAGGUUUGAAAUUCAUAAGUCUCAAGGACAGUCCAGUUGAAACUAUUGUAUGUGAAGACACUGAAGAAAUUAUAGAAAGUGAACGUGAACGUGAGCAAUUUGAGAAAGAGUUUAUGAAAGCAUACAUUGAAGAUCUAAAGGAAAGGGAUUCUACUCCUUCCUACACUACGAAAGUAUUAUUUAGUCUUCAACUUUGA